AUGCCCCCAGCUCAUCUCCCUCCUACUCCCGCCGCCUCUGGCGAGUUCAUCAUCAAGGAGUCGUCCUUUCAAACCAUGGACGCCAUGUCUGAACAUUCGUUUGCCUUGCCACCCGCGGCAUUGAGUCCUGUUGCGCCGGAGAGCGGAAUCGCAAACAGUCGCAAGGGGUCAUUGAUAUCAACGACUCCCAUAUCGCCUGCUUCGCCCGAGCGCAAGAACAGCGUAAGCUCUACUGCUCGUGCGGGCACAAAACGCACAGCGGCAGCGACAGCCAGCGCCGCAUCUUCUACGACGGCGCUGGAUGAAUUCAAUCUGCCGCCGCCGCCAACAAGAUCAAGAAAGAUCAUUCAGAUGAAACCCAAGACUACCCCAUCAUCAAGUCGCAGUACAUCGACGCCAUCAACAACGACAGCACCAGCAACAAAGCAAUCUCCGCAAAGGAAAGCUUCAACAUCCAAGCCAAGCGCCGGCUCAACCGGCACUUCAUCCAAGAAUGGCAAUAAUACCACAGCUCCCUCAGUAGAAGCCGCACCCAAGAAUGAGGCUACUUCACCCACCCAACAACCAUCCAAAAGAAAACAACCCAGCGCUACAUCUGCAGCAGGACGCAAGAUUGCGCGCAAGACCGCUCACAGUCUGAUUGAGCGACGCAGACGGUCUAAGAUGAACGAGGAGUUUGCGACGUUGAAGGAUAUGAUUCCUGCUUGUCGGGGCCAGGAAAUGCACAAACUUGCUAUUCUUCAGGCAAGCAUCGAUUACAUGAAUUACCUCGAAGAAUGUAUCACCGAACUCAAAAACAAUGCCGGCCGGACAAACUCUGUCUCUAAGAAGCCGAAACUCGACGGCCCUCCUCUCGCACCACCGUCACCAACAUCACCUGAAAUGCUUGUCCCGCAGACCAUGGCAAGCGAAGACUCUGGCUCGGCAUCAGAGUCCUCCUCAUCGCCCGAACCAUUCCCUCAGACCAACAAUAACAGCAGCAACGGCAACAGAAUAAACACAUCGACAUACUACUCUUCACCAUCCUUCUCUCCAUACACAGGGCCAGUAAGCAGCUCACAGCAACUUGAUGGGAUAAAUCAUCCCAUCCUCCCCUCACCAGCUUUACGGCCAUUAUACUCUCCACAAAUCCGAGCUCAACAACAACAAUCAGAAAUACAAGCUCAGCUCGCAAUGGCAAACACAACUUCAUACCGCGUCCCACAACAGAUAGCGUCCACAACCCCAUCACCCGCUAUCCUGCCUCAACAACACCACCAACACCACCAAAACCAACAACAUAGGCAAAGCAUCUCAUCGAAUCAUACCAUGGCCAGCCCCGUGUUUGUCGCUCAUGAUAGUAUAAUCGAUCAAGAGGCGAGCGCGGCUUUGUUGAUGCUGAAUAUGGAUCGGCGCGGGACGUCGAUAAGUGAAGGUAGUGGCGGGAAAGAAGAUAAGAAACCUUCUUCUUCGUCUUCCGCUUCUGCAUCGCAAGAUAGGAGGAUGGGCAUGAGUGUGAGGGAUUUGCUUACGUCCUGA